GCAACAUAAUCUGAUCACUGAUGCCGACUUGAAUGUAAAAUCCGCCGUUCCCGCGCCCAUCUGUGCCCAUGGGUACUCGAUGUUUGGUGGCAUUGGGCUUUUGGCUGGCCACGAGCACGUCAGCGAAGCGGCGCUUUGGCUAUCCUGGCAAUCCCAACUGCUGGGGCCUGGGCUAUGACUUCUUCUACUGCUGCGAGCCUCGCCCCGUGAUGCAAAACAGCUGCUGGAAGGACGGAUAUUCCUUCAGCGACUGCUGCUUCACGGAGACUGAGCCAGUUUGGGGUUAUCCUGGGAAUGAAUCAUGUUGGGACGCCAGCGGGCUGGAUUGGCACCACUGCUGUGGCGAGCGAUCAGGCCCCGCGUGCUGGACGCAGGGUCGAAGCUUCCAAAGCUGUUGCUUCCGCGACGUGGACGCCGGGCGUGAGAACGAGCACCAAAAAUCGCCGAUUGAUCGAGUGGUGCAAUACCCGGGCAACCCGGAGUGCUGGGACUAUGUCUUUGACUUCAACAUCUGUUGCAACGAACGUUUGCGUGCUGAGGACAUCAUGCAUUUCUGCUGGGACGAGCGGCGCACCUUCGACAAGUGUUGCUUCCGGGCGGUCCCUCAGGGUGAGGGAACUGGCUCGGGCACCUACCUGGCUAAGCUAGCACAUAGUGCCUCAAGCAAUGCCAAGGGCGUGGAGGAGUUUCUGCAACUGGCACACUCCAUCCUACCGGACGGCCAGCCGGUGUCCGACAUCGUGGCUGGAGCCUUUAUUCCCUCCAAAGGCGGACGUUUGCAUAUUCCCUUGGGCAUUUACCUGUCCCCCUUGCGCGACCUCCCGAUCAAACUCCUCGAGAUCGGCUUGGGUUGUGGCACUGGAGAUGUGGAGGACGUGUCGAAGGCGGACGACUUCUGGGCAGGCUUCAUGCAGUCGGAGAAUGUCUUUCCGCCCGGAGGCGGCAUGCAGAUCUGGCAGCGCUGGUUUCGGCAUCCCAAGGCUCAGCUCUGGUCCGCCGAGUUCGAUCCCAAAUGCGUUUCCAAUGCCAGGAAGGCUGGGCUGAAGUUGAACCUCUUGAUGGGCGACCAAUCCAAGCCUGAAACCGUACAAAGCUGGGUUCAGCAGGCUGGUGGGCAUUUUGACGUGGUGAUAGAUGAUGCAUCACAUGCGAACGAGGCGAUCCGCACCUCAUUCAACAUCUUGUGGCCACACAUCCAGCCAGGGGGCCUCUACAUCAUAGAGGACUUGAUCUGGAACCGGAAUCCGCGUGCACAAGGCCAAUUCAGCCAAACUGCGAAGCCUUUCGUGGACUCGAUUAAAGAUUGGAUUGACCAGCUUCUGAUCGACCCUUUUCAGACGGGUGUCAAUGAAACUUGGCGCGCCUCGCUACUGGAGGUCAUGCACAAGCGCUCCCCAGAGUCUUUGAGCAAGACGAACCUCUACCGCGUCGAUGACCCGCUGCCGAUUGGCGUGCAGUUCAUCAACUGCUUCCCUGGCAUGUGCAUCAUUGGCAAGAAGGUGAUCCAGAGCACCUUUGAGAAUCCCUAUUUGAAGCAACCUCGCUGAUGGCGUCAAAGUCAUCGCAUUUGGCGCGGAAGCUGGCGGCAAAAGUGUUGCUUCAUCACUUGCACAGGAGCGAUGUUUCAUGUUUCAUGCAUGUUUGCACCAUUGUCUGGAAGCCGGGUUUGCAUUUGAGUGGCCAAUUCAGGAAAAUGGCCAGCACCCGCCAGCACCACGGCAAGGGUGGUUUGUGACAUAUAGACACCCCUGAUGAUAUGUUCCAAUACCCACCCGAACUAGGUCCUUAGGUGCUGUUGUAAGUGUUCUUGAGUCAGACACCUUGCUUUGCAGCGAAUCCGAGCGGUAGCGCCUCCAGGUUGCCUUCUUCGAGAGGCCAGGAAUCCGGUCAACGGGACACCAAUGCACAGACAUAUGGGGAUGGGUCGUUUAAUCCAUGUUAAACCUGGAGCAGCACCAGUCCAUGUAGCGAACGGUUG